AUGACCACCGACCCCGACGGCGACUCGCAAAUGGCCUCCUCUCCCGAAUCUACGCAUCACCUCACGUCCGACGACUCGCCCGCCGGUGCCCGCACGCCCACCAACGCCAUUCCGCGCUCCCAGUUCGCCGGGGCCGCCGCCGAGCUGUCCCCGCCCGGAUCCCAGACGCACCCCACGUCGAUGGAUCUCAGCGGGAUCAUGGGGCCGGGUAAGGGUGGACCGGAGGCAAUGACGGAGUCCCUGCGCGCGGCGGAGGGGCAGCAGCAGAAGCUGCCGUCGUGGAUGAGCAAGCGCGCGGAGGAGGAGUACCAGCGGGCGAUGGAAGCCGUGGUGGAUCAGGAUUUUAAUCUGGAUGAGUUUGGUGAUCCGUUUGACGAGAGCGAUAUGAAGGAGAAACUGCUGUGA